CGCAGCCUCUGGGGGGGGCACGAGGCAUGGUCGUCCGCAGAGAACCGCCCGAAGAUGAACUCGCGGAUCUCGGCAGACGCCUCGCCGAGAACCUGCCGGGCGGCGAAGGCUACGCCCAGACGAUGCGGGACGAGACGCGGCGCACCGCGGACGAGCUGCGCGCGAACCCGUCUCAGAUCCCCGCCGCGCUCGCGUCGACGUGCGACCUUGAACUCAACGCCCGCGACGUCUACGGCGACGGAGACCAGUCGCCGCUCGAAGAUUCGCUGGACGCGUCCAACCCGAGGAACGCGCAGCGCUUGAGAGACGUGUGGUGCACGGGCGGCGACCUGAAUCAGCUCCUCGCGACCGGUCGCGUGACAGCCUUCUUCAGGUACUGCUUCGCGGGCGACGCGAAGCUCGUCGGCGACUUCAUCGCCGCCGCGCGCGCGGACCCCGACCCCGACGCGCUUCGCAACCUCCUGGAACGACGCGAGUCGCAGAUGCACGUCUCGCCUCUCUUCGCCGUGGUGGCGGGCGCGCGGAUGCGCGUCAUCUUCGACGACCAAGUGGUCGACCGCGGGACCACGUCGAGUGCGCGCGUCUCCUCGUCUCCGCGGGCGCCAACGUAA